AGCAGCGUUAAGCUUGUCAUUGGACGCCCGCGGAUCGGUGGACGCCGUCACGCUGCUCUUGCAGUCGAUGAUCGCACACAGUGUCGGACAGCAGCGCGAGCCCCGCGCCGUGUGGGAGCCGCUCCACCGCUCGACGUUGGCCAUGGCGAUCGAGCACCUCGGCGAGGCACACCCAACAACACUUGCGGCGCGCACCAACUAUGUCAAGUCUCUUGUGUACAACGACGCGAUGGCGGACGCGCUGCCGUUGGCACUCGACGACUCGGAGCGGCGGCGAUCGCUGCACGGCCUUUGCAACGAGCACACAGCCGAUAGCCUCUCCAACGUCGGCCAAAUCUACACGCGCCUCGGUAAACCACGGCUCGCGCUGCGCUGGCUCCGAAAAGCGCACACCCUUCAGAAGACGCUCUUGGGCGGCGAGCACAAGGCGACGUUGACGACACUCUCGCUUCUCGUCAUCGUGCUGCUGCAGAUGGGCGACACGAUCCAAGCGCCCGCGCUUGCCGAGUUGGUUGCGGCCUCCGAAGAGCGGACGCUGGGGGCCAAUCAUGAGAGCACAAUUGUCAGUCGCAUCAACUCUGCCAUCAGUGUCCUCAUGGCCGGCGACGCCGCGCAUGCCAUGUCGGCGCUGCUGCAGUUGCAGACGACGCUCGAGGCGCGCCGGGAGCUAGCCCACCUUCUUUGCAUCGUGCACGUCAACUUGGGCGUCGUGUGCGCCAUCAAUGGUGACCGGACGGCCGCUCUUGCGUACUAUGCCCGCGCCUUUCACGAUAUGCCGUUCAAAGUGAGCGCGUGGAUGCUCUACAGCUUUGCGGUCGACGCGCCAACAUCCCCCGAAGGCCUCGCCAUGGUGCGCGAGUACGUCAUGUCGACUGUGGAUGACGAGCCAGAGGCAUGGCCCACGAGCUGCAUGGUGUGCUGUGAGCCAAUUGUCGGCAGUGUCGUCGAGUGUGCGGCGUGUCCACGCGAUGUCUUUACGUUUUGUACAACUUGUCAUGACCAGCAUUCUUCCCGGCUGCGUCACUUUUGCCGUCACGAUGCGAGUCUGACCCAGUGGACGAGAACCCGCCCACCGCGCCGGUUCUUUGAGGAAGACGCACUGCUAGCAGCGGACGUCGCCGACUUUGAUGCUGUCAACUGGCGCUAUCAAGCGUACGAGGCCUACUGCGAGACGCACCAGGUUUCGAUGGACGAGCGAUUGCAGCGAACGUCUGUUCCGAGUUUGAACAGACGUUGGCACCCGAUGCUCUAGUCGCCUGUCACCGACGAGGCCAAAACGAACGCACCGAGUCGCUAUAUGUAUAAAAUCAAAUACAGCCUGGCGUAUGUAUCGUCGCAUAACGUCAGUACUUUGCAUGAGUCCCCAA